GUGGGCCCGGGGUACUCCCACCGCCUUCCCCCACGGGUGAAAAGACAGCGAGUUCCUAGUGACAGCCCAAGGGCACGCUCCCGGGAUACCAAAUCGCGAGGUGUGCAGGACGCGGAGGCACCUAGCAGCAGACAACCCUGUUUCUCCCUCUCUGGACACACGCCUUUACCCUUUAUGAAACUCAAGAGAGAGCAUAAAACAUGACAACAGCAGCCAGGCCGACUUUUGAACCUGCAAGAGGUGGAAGAGGAAAAGGAGAAGGUGAUUUGAGCCAACUCUCAAAGCAGUAUUCAAGCAGAGAUCUUCCCUCUCAUACAAAGAUAAAAUACAGACAAACUACUCAGGAUGCCCCUGAAGAGGUUCGUAACCGGGACUUCAGGAGGGAGUUGGAAGAAAGAGAGAGAGCUGCUGCACGAGAAAAAAAUAGAGAUCGUCCAACCCGAGAACAUACAACCUCCUCUUCAGUGUCAAAGAAGCCUCGGCUAGAUCAGAUUCCUGCUGCCAACCUCGAUGCAGAUGAUCCUCUAACAGAUGAGGAAGAUGAAGAUUUUGAAGAGGAGAGUGAUGAUGAUGAUACUGCAGCUCUCCUUGCAGAACUAGAAAAAAUUAAAAAAGAAAGAGCAGAAGAGCAGGCCAGGAAGGAACAAGAACAAAAAGCUGAAGAAGAGAGAAUUCGUAUGGAGAACAUUCUGAGUGGAAACCCUCUUCUUAAUCUCACUGGCCCUUCCCAGCCUCAGGCCAACUUCAAAGUUAAAAGAAGGUGGGACGACGAUGUUGUGUUCAAGAACUGCGCAAAAGGUGUAGAUGAUCAAAAGAAAGACAAAAGAUUUGUAAACGAUACACUGCGAUCUGAAUUUCACAAAAAAUUCAUGGAGAAAUAUAUUAAGUAGUACAGUUUUAUGUGCUUAAUUAAAGACUGUAAAAUGUUAA